CAUCCUGCAUGAGCUGCCUCAUGGUGCUGACGAGCAAAGGCGUGGGGAGACAGUGAGGAAGUUUGCGUGGAAGUGCUUGUGUAUUUUAAUGCUGAGAAAUAACGAAAUAAGCGCAGGAGACGCGUUUGAGUGAUUGUCGGUAAGGACAGGAGAGACAGCGGACGCGGAGUUGCUGCUGGUCCGGAUUCCUCUUCCUCUUUCCUGGCCAGGGAACUUCUGAUUUCUCCAAGGUCGAGUAUUCGAUUCCCACCUCAGACUGACCCUUGAAGGUGAAAAGUGAGUAGUGAGGCGUUGAAAUGUCGAGCGACAUCAUCCUGCUAAUGAAGGGUCUGGCCAAGCUGAGCCAGGCGGUGCUCGAGACCCAGAUGACUGCUUUGAGAAGUGGAGGAGGGGUGACACAAAGCAUGCAGAUGACAACUGAGCAGGCCAUGAGUGUGGCCAUGCAGAAAAUACAGGAGUUCACUGGUCAGCAGCAAAGUGAGACAGACUUCAGCACAGGUGUAGAUGAGAAUUACGCUUUUUCCAGUGAGGAGCAUACCGGCGAGGGCAUGGCCCAGACUGAGCAGUCUGAUAACACAGUCAGGGGGACCACUGUGGACAGCAAUGGGACAUCUCAUCACUCAGCAGGCAACCUUUUUAAAGGCUAUAAGGAUCCAACAAAGCAAUUCACAGGGAUUCGCUCGUAUCACCAAGAUCACUCUUCUGUACGAGGGCUCACAAAUAAAGACAUCAACAAAGCCAGGGAGGCCAAGACGAGCAUCAACAAACCCCAUAAACAAAUGCUAAGUGAAAGAGCGAGGGAGCAGAAGGUUCCUGUGACACGCCUGGGAAGAUUGGCAAAUUUUGGAGGUCUUGCAGUGGGUCUGGGCAUUGGAGCAUUGGCUGAGGUGGCCAAGAAAAGUCUGCGGUCAGAAGAAAAGAAUGGAGACAGGAAGGCAGUUUUAGACUCCAGCCCAUUCCUAUCUGAGGCCAACGCAGAGCGUAUCGUCAGGACGCUGUGUAAAGUCCGCGGGGCGGCACUAAAGCUGGGACAGAUGCUCAGCAUUCAAGACGAUGCAUUUAUCAAUCCUCAGCUAUCAAAGAUCUUUGAUCGGGUGCGUCAGAGCGCAGACUUCAUGCCAAUCAAGCAGAUGACGAAAGCUUUGAAUAAUGACCUGGGCCCAAACUGGAAGGACAAAUUAGAGAUGUUUGAGGAGAGACCCUUUGCUGCUGCCUCCAUUGGGCAAGUGCAUCUGGCCAGGAUGAAGGAUGGCCGAGAGGUAGCUAUGAAAAUCCAGUACCCCGGAGUGGCACAGAGCAUCAACAGCGACGUGGACAACCUGAUGACGGUGCUCAGCAUGAGCAACGCCCUGCCUGAAGGUCUGUUUCCCGAGCACUUGAUAGACGUGAUGAGGAGAGAGCUGGUCCUGGAGUGCGAUUAUCUCCGGGAGGCUGAGUGCGCUCGCAAAUUCAGGAAGCUCUUAAAAGAUCAUCCCUUCUUCUACGUGCCUGACGUUAUCGACGAGCUAAGCAGCCAACAUGUUCUUACCACUGAGAUGGUACAAGGUUUUCCUCUGGACCAGGCUGAGGGACUCUCACAGGAGCUCAAAAAUGAGAUUUGCAAGAACAUUCUGACUCUCUGCCUGAGAGAGCUCUUUGAAUUCCAGUACAUGCAAACAGACCCGAAUUGGUCCAAUUUCUUGUAUGACCCACAAUCUCACAAGGUUGCAUUGUUGGACUUCGGUGCAACACGAGGCUUUGAUGAGAGCUUUACAGACACCUACAUAGAGGUCAUUAUGGCGGCUGCGGCCGGCGACAGAGAAGGAGUCAUGAAGCACUCAGUAGAUAUGAAGUUUCUCACGGGCCUUGAGUCUAAGGCGAUGGUGAAAGCCCACGUGGAUGCAGUGAUGAUUCUGGGUGAGGCGUUUGCCUCGGAGGAGCCAUUCGAUUUCGGUGCCCAAAGCACCACUGAGCGGAUCCACAGCCUGAUCCCGGUCAUGCUGAAGCAGCGGCUUACGCCACCUCCUGAAGAAACCUACUCACUCCAUCGCAAGAUGGGUGGCUCCUUCCUGAUCUGCUCACGCCUGAAUGCCAAGCUGAGCUGCAAGGACAUGUUCACAGAGGCGUACAGCAAAUAUUGGAGCAAACGGCAGAAUGCAUCCAGCAAGUGAAGGACUACAUGUGAACAUUUGGGCAGGCCAGUUGAUUCCCCCUGCCUGCUGAGGCUAAAUCCUAAUUAUUCUGUUUUAAGGGGUACAGUAUCCAUGAUUAUGUUUCUUUUCCUCAUUUAAUAGCACGUCCAUGUCGGUAUUCAGAUGUGCAAUGUGCCUACGCAGUGGUAUAACCAUGUUUAUGGUUGCUUUUAAUAACAGGGAGGAUAUACUACUGCAAAUGAGAAUGCAGUAGAAGUGGAUAGAGUUCCAAAAUGUUGUGUAUUCGUUUAGUGUAAUAAUUUGCUUCACUGUUUUCAUUUGAUGAAUAACGUUUGAUCUUUAUAGCUCAUCUCCAGACUAUGCUUACGCACAUAAGUUUGUUUAAGAUUAGCAUUUACUUGCACAAACAUAAAGUCAGGACCAGGUCUCGGCUCCACAGACAGGACACUAUGCACUCCCUGAUGUGUUGUCCUCCAUGCGCACAGAUAAUGGCCAGUAGUUUCAUGUACGAAAUCUGUUUUUGUACUGACUCAUCAUUUUGCAAUGAAUUAAAAAAGAUAUAUUGAUUGAUAAGACUAUUUGAUGUAAAACCUAGAGUAUUGAAAUCAACCUGUAUUCAUUUUGUAUUUAAAUUGUUACUGUUCUCUUUAAAGCCCUUAAUUUAGAUUUAUAAAUGAAAAAUUAUUUUGCGUUAUUACAGUUUUUAGUAUGUGAUUAUACUUGGUCACUUUUUAGUGUAACCUAAACAUUUUUUGCAGUCAGUUUGUACUAUUUUCCAGUGGUAUUGUUUGUUUAAAAAAUCUUUGAUCGUUUAAUGUAAGAAAAUAUUCUCAUGCAAAAUAUGUGAGUAGAUUGUGUUUUCUUACCAUAUAGCUUAAACAGUACUGAUCUAGAAACAAAUCAGCAUCAAAGAAAAAGAUAAAAUUAGUCAAUAUUUAAAAAACAUUGCAAGGCCAAUUCAUCCAAAGGCAUUUGGGUUUAAGAUUAAUCCCUUCUGACAACAACUUGGAACAUUGCACAUUUUGUUUGAAACCAUCCAUUCUUAAGUGAUUAAAAAUAUUGAAACACUUGA